AUGCAGGUGGCUUGGCAGGUGGGCCUCCCUGUGGGGCACUGGGUUAGGGUUCCGCAGGGGGCGUGGGCGAGUUACCUGGGUGCGGUACCUUGGCUCGUGCGCGCCGUGACACGGGGUCCUGGUCACCGAGGGCGGCUUGGCACGCCGCACGUCGGGAAAUUCAUGCUCAUCCAGGGAGGCUUGUGUGGCGCCCUGCGGUCUGUACUUGGGAAGAAGUCCGCGACAGCGCUGGGUUGCUCGCUGCCGCUCAUGGAAGCUGCCGUACACGCCAUCUCCGACGGAGCAAGCUCGGUGACGGUGCCGGGUCUCCGCAUUCCACUCCCGAAACAAGUCGCACCGGCCGGGUUGACGAUGCCCCCAGUAUUCGCAGAAUUUGUUCAAAACGCCCUAGAGAAGCCGAUCUCGGGCGACCGGUCGCCAAAUGCAAAGGAAGAUGUCACAUACAGCAGAGUGCCCAUCUCGUCAGAAGUUGGCGCCUUCCUCGUCAUGUCCUUGUGCCAACCCGGACCUUUCCUUGCGUCGGAGCCCGAGGCCAAGGUCUCCUCAAAAUGGAAACCAUCUCGAUGCACCGAACCCGGCCACACAAUUCUCAGUGACGCCUGGCCCGAUGCUGUCCUUGGCUGUUCCCGGACUCCUGGUACCCUUCCUGACCGGUCAGUACCAGCCAGCAGCGGGCGAGUCAAUCACCGUCGCAAGCUCCAAGGCGCCCGCGGAGACGCACGUAUUGUGAACUAUCAGUACGGCCUGUACGAUCAGGCAUAUGCUCGAGCCGCGAACGUCCUCGAGACAUGCCAUUUAUCACUCACGGCCAACUCGAAACAUGUAGAGGUGUUCGUCCACUGGGUGGAUAUUGUGGAUGCACAGCGCGGACACCACAUGGAGCAAGUCACUGCCUGUGCGAAUCGCUGGAAGAACCCCUUUCCGAGUUCCAAAUUCAUAUACCUCUUUCGCAGAAAGGUCACUCUCGCCGCUGUCACUUCCGAGAGCGAUAUCCGCAUCCACGAGGACUCCGUCCAUCUGCCAACCGAUUAUGAUAUCGUCGCCGAAGCCGAUAACAGGCCCACGAUUCACAUCACAACGUGUCUCGAUCUGCGCAUUGCCAUGUGGUCAACAUUGUGUCAUACUGCUGCACGAGCCAUAGCCCAAUCGUCAACGUUUGAGACCUUCAACUCGCGUAGCGUCGUCAUGUCCGGCCCAACAUUAGCUUUGCUAUGUCUUGCUUCGGAGAAUCCUAGCGAAGUCUUCCCUAAGCAGUACACGGCCCAUUACUGUGUCACUGCCAUCCGCAAUGAACUUUGCAGCGAAAACGUUGUUCCGAGCAGUCACCUCUUGCGGCGAGGGCGGAGCUUCCAGCUUUGUAAGCCAAGCCUAUCUUGUAGCUGUUGCAAGAGCUCCAUGUCGCUCUCCGAGUUUCGCAUCUCGAGAAUCCCAAAUGGAGAUGAGAACCUUCUGGGAGUGCUCCCUAUGGAAUCGGUUCCCAAUACGAAAGGGUCCGUGAUCACGCACGAUGGCAAAGGAGUGUUGGGAGCGCUUGUCGGGAUUGGCGCGAUCAUAUCAACCGCACAGUCGACUGUCCUUCGGCGGCUUGGAUUUGGGAUCCAUGAUACAGCGUGCGGGCUCUGCAAGGGCGGUGAUGCUUGGGCUUGGCUACGGCGCGUCACGAACAGGCACACCAAACAACGCGUGCCCCCAGCAGCCCCAUCGCCACCACCGCCGCCGGCCAUGUCGCCCACCACGCUGGACGCUGCCGAGGCUUUGAUGCGCGCCCUGCGUGCCAUCCACGACCGCGACCCCGCGUCAGCCUCUGGCACGCUGCCCUCCGCCCGCUUCCUCGCGCAGUGCGGCAUCCACAUCAGCGACGCUACACAAAACCCGCAUCCUCACCGCGCCAGACUCAACGUCCUCGUCAGCACGUACGCCCCCGACCAGCACCAUCGCCUCGAAGCACCCGCCGUCGACGUUGUGCGCAGGGCUUCCACGCUCGAGUGGGCUGAUCUGCUGGCCGAGAGCGCCCACUCCAUCAUGUACGCAGUCGCCGAGCGCGAAGCCUGCGCAAUGCCGCCCACAGCUGUGACCGCCUUCGCUCCAGACCGGUACGACAUGUGGCUGGAAGCGUUGUACGAACCAUUGUGGGAGUGGUCGCUUGCUUGGAGAGUCCAACACGGCCUCAAGGUGGGCGACGGAUGCAGCGGCGAGUGCGAUAGGGCUCAAUGCUGCGAUAUCGGUACAUGCUUCGGCAAGUACUGCCAUGAAAACGUCGUGGGCUGUCUCUUGCCUGUGCGCGCGCAGCCAAAGGCCGACGCUGACGGGCCAUUGCAUUUGGGCGAGCUGGUUUAUGCGCUGAUGCUCCUUCAUCGCCAGCUCAAGCGCAACAGCGCCCCCUUGGGCUGUACUGUCACCAUUGUCGCCGUCACCACCGAGGGCCAAAUCCGUGUACACGAGGCCUCCGUCCAGCCGCCGACCGAUGCCCACGUCAAAUCCACACCUUGGAUUCGCAUCGCGAAGUGCCUCGAACUGCGCACCACCGACUUCCGAAGCCGAGAUCCCGCCGUUCAGGACGACUGGCUCAACAUCAUGUCAUACCUCUGCUUCACUCACGAAGCUAACCUGAACCCCUACCCUGACGAGCAGUUGGUGCCAGUCGAAGCCGCAAUGCGCGAGAAUGAUCUGGUUAUCGGCGCAUCUGCGCAUGACAUCACCACGGACAUUACCGCAUCCGAACACAAGUAUAGCCACAGCAAGGACACCCGCGACAUCACCGCAUCGGCACCGGACGCCACCAAGGACGUCGGCAGCUCUGCAAAAGAGAACGUCCUACCUCCUACACCAGCUGUAGGCGGGAAGCGAGUGCUGAAGCCCGCCCCGAAGACCAAGUCGCCGCGCGAGCCCGCUCCAGCCCAAGAAUAG